AUGACCGAUCUGCGAAACGAGAUGGACAGCGAUCUGGACCAGAACUACUCCCUGAACAGCAACGCAGAUCCCAAAAACAUGCAGGAGCUGACAAUUUACGUACAAAAUCUGUUGCAGAAUGUCCAGGACAAGUUCCAGACGAUGUCCGAUCAGAUUAUUACGCGUAUCGACGACAUGGGCAAUCGGAUCGACGAUCUGGAGAAGAGCAUUGCGGAUUUGAUGAACCAGGCAGGAAUCGAGGGUCAGGGACCGGAGAAAUGAGACCCGUAACGCUGGCAGGAGCCACGCCCAUCUGGAAACUGCAUCCCAAUCCCAUAAGAUACAUGCAUACAUCGAACACCUGGCACCAGUCACCCGAUUCAAGUUUAC